GAGAGACGCGAGCGCAUCCCGCGUGAGCGCCGCGCGGAGCGAGAGCGGCACCGGGGGGAGGGAGGCGGGCAGAGGACGACGGACGAGGAACGAUGGAGGAAGAAAAGGACUCCGCCGCCGCCGUCGCCGCGGAUGGCGAGAUCGAGUACGAGGCGCUGCCGCCGACCGUGUCCAUGGGCACGCACAUGGUGGCGGGCGCGCUGGCCGGGGUGAUGGAGCACUGCGUGAUGUACCCCGUGGACUGCGUCAAGACGCGCAUGCAGUCCCUGUUCCCGGACCCGCGCGCCGCCUACCGGAACGUGUUCCACGCGCUGCGCACCAUCGUGCGCACCGAGGGCGCGUGGCGCCCCGUGCGCGGCGUCAACGCCAUGGCGGCGGGAGCGGGCCCGGCCCACGCCCUCUACUUCGCCUGCUACGAGCACGUCAAGGCCUCGCUCAGCGGGGGGCGCAACUCACACCUCGCCAACGGUCUUGCAGGCUGUGCCGCGACGCUGCUGCACGAUGCCACCAUGAACCCAGCCGAAGUGGUGAAGCAGCGUCUGCAGAUGUACAACUCCCCCUACGGCGGCGCCCUGGAGUGCGCGCGCCGCAUACUGCGCUCCGAGGGCCUGGCGGCCUUCUACCGCAGCUACCCCACGCAGCUGGCGCUCAACCUGCCCUUCCAGAGCCUGCACUUCGUGGCCUACGAGGCAUGCCAGGAGCGCCUGAACCCGCGGCGUGCCUACAGCCCCGGCUCGCACGUCGCGUCGGGGGCCGUGGCGGGCGGCCUGGCCGCGGCGCUCACCACGCCGCUCGACGUCUGCAAGACGCUGCUCAACACGCAGGAGAUGGCGCUCGUGGAGAUGGGCGUGGCCGGAGCCGGGGCCUGCGCCGGCCUCUCGUCGGCCGCCAGCGCCGCCGAGGGCUGCCGCGCCGCCGCCUACGGCGCGGCGGCCGCGGCCGGGAAGCGGCAGCAGCAGCAGCCAGCGCCGUCGGCGGCCGCCGGGCCGACCCGCCAGCCGCUCGCGACGCUGGCGGCGAGGACUGCGGCCGCCGCGGCCGCCGCGGCCACCGCCGUCCCGGCCGGAGGUCCGGCGCCGGCCGUCCCGGCGGCGCCGCCGGGAGGCGCCGGGCUGAGCGCCCUGCUGGGCGUAGGCGCCGGACACCUGCAGCAGCAGGCGACGCAAGCGACGCCGCUCCGCGCCUACCGCUCCGGGGAGCGCCCGGCGCCGCAGCCGACGAGAGCUCCCGGCGCCGCGGGGGGCGCGACGUUGCGCGCCGGGAGCGCGGCGCGGCAGCAGCAGCAGCAGCAGCAGCACUGCCGCCCGCCGCGCUACCUCACCGGGCUGGCCAUGGCGUUUCGCACGGUGUACCGGCACGGGGGGCUGCCGGCGUUCUUCCGCGGCACGCAGGCGCGCGUGCUCUACCAGAUGCCGUCCACCGCCAUCGCGUGGUCGGUCUACGAGUUCUUCAAGCACUCCCUCAGCGAGCACUGAGCGGCGCGGGCGACGAGGAGUCGCCGGGCCAGACCGGUUCUCCGUGCCGCCUGCGGUCGCUGCCGGAGGCUGCGAUCGCGGCGUCACGCGUGGCCGGGUCUGGGUGACUUUGCGGGCGGUUGUGGCUGUGGUCGCGGUGGUUCUGGUGGUUGUGACUGUGGUAGCGGUGGUUCUUUUGGCUGUGACGGGUGCGCGAUGUUUGUCACCGUCUCCUGGUGGAGCGGUGGUACAGCGGUUAGCGUGUAGCGCUACGAGCCCGGCGACCAGAGUUCGAUUCCCAGCCCACGGCUCCCGACAGUGGCGACUGGUUUACAUGAACCUCUCUCCCGCUCCUUCACCAGCCCACGCCGACCAACCUGGUGAAGUACGGCUCUAGCCCGGCAGUGGACUGCGACCGAGGGGCCCUGUGCACCGCUCGCUGUGCUCGUGGAUCUGCCGUGGGGCGCCUCCUGGGUGCGUCGCUGCAAGAGAGAAGAGCUGGCUGCUGUCGGCUCGUGCCUCCAAAACUUACAACUUUAAGACUGCUUUUUAUUAUUUGUUUUGCGUAAGUUGAAAAAGCCCAAAUAUCUAAAUUCGUGGGUUUCCUCAGCCAAUGUUACAAAUCGUAAUUGAGUUUUGGCUGAGGCCACGCAACGAUCUGGCCAGAUUUGUGUGGUGAGACCGUUGAUCGCCUGACACUGAUAAGCAAAGCUGCUUGGUGCGCGAGCGUUCACGUGGCCGGCACGCCGUGACAACGCUCGGGCACGCGGCACUCCCAUUUGUUUGGCUGUCGGGUGGUGGAGCGUCUUAUGACACAAAUGUGACCAGAUAAUUAAGUGGUGGCCUAACCCAACAUCAACUAUGACUGGUAUGUUUAUUCACAAUGAAACACAUGUACUACUACUACUACGUAACUACCACUACUAUAACCCCGUAGUGAUGAUGAUAGUCAUGGAGCUGUACUCAAGGAUGAUGUCGUUAUUGUUUGGGAUGAUUUCCUAAACUCAUUUAAUGAGCGCACAUGGUGGACACAACAUACAAAGUACACAACAACUUACAUAACACAUAACGUACACAACUUACACAACGUACACAAAGUACACAGCAACAGACACGACAAGCAACAAUGUACUCAACAAACACAACAACCACAACAACGUACACAACAAACAACAACCACAACAAUGUACACAACGUACACAACAAACACAACAACCACAACAAUGUACACAACAACGCACAAAUUGAGCCUCACCGGAAAUGUUAUCCUAAAUCCUGCUCGGACAGGAGCAGGCCUGACCCGAACCCCAACCCUCAUCAAAACUUCACCCUCACCCCGAACUCUCGCCCUCGCCCAACCCCCAGUGUAACCCGACUGCUCACGCCGACUGUAGCCUGCACAUGGACUCUGAUUACAGCCACGAGUCAAACCUGCUGACCCUGACUCCACGCCCUGACCCCUGACUGAGGCCGACCCAAGCUUUAACCAUGGGUCGACCCGUAUCAUGACUUUAACCCUGCCCCUGACCUCUAACCCUGGCCCUGACCUCUAACCCUGGCCCUGACCUCUAACCCUGCUGGGGUCGGGGACGCAGAACCACAAAUGUAGAGGGAGGGGGGGGCUCUCAGUUUGCUGAGCUGUGACGCGCACAACCGCGAGGGCGUUUAACGACGCACUCGGCGUUUUAAGUCGAUGUUUUCGGAGCAUUUUGUUUGAAUAUGUAAGAUUUGACACCUUA